AUGUCGACAGUCACAUCAGCAAUCCAGGCUCCUCAGGGCCCUGUGAACCCGCCGCCUCCGGAGGUGACUAAUCCUAAUAAGCCUGGCCGGAAGACCAACCAACUGCAAUAUAUGCAAAAUGUUGUGGUGAAGACCUUGUGGAAGCAUCAGUUUGCCUGGCCUUUCUACCAGCCUGUUGAUGCAAUUAAAUUGAAUUUGCCGGAUUAUCACAAAAUAAUAAAAAACCCCAUGGACAUGGGGACGAUCAAGAAGCGCCUGGAACACAACUACUACUGGAGUGCCAGUGAAUGUAUGCAGGAUUUCAACACCAUGUUUACAAACUGUUACAUUUAUAACAAGCCCACAGACGACAUUGUCCUCAUGGCCCAAGCCCUGGAGAAGAUAUUUCUGCAGAAGGUUGCCCAGAUGCCUCAGGAGGAAGUGGAGUUACUACCCCCAAUUCCUAAAGGCAAAGGUCGCAAGCCGUCAGCGGGCACCCAGAGUGCAGGAGCUCAGCAAGCCGUGGCCGUGUCUUCCGUGUCCCCGCCGGCGCCGUUCCAGAACGUCCCUCCAGCCGUGUCUCAGACGCCCGUCAUUGCUGCCACCCCCGUGCCAACCAUCACCUCCAAUGUCCCGCCCGUACUGCCCCCUACCGCCGCCCCCCCUCCUCCUGCCGCUCCAAUCAUGCCCGUGGUGCCUCCCACGCCACCGGUGGUCAAGAAAAAGGGAGUGAAGCGGAAAGCGGACACGACCACCCCCACCACCUCUGCCAUCACUGCCAGCCGGAGCGAGUCCCCCACGCCCCUCUCGGACCCCAAACAGGCCAAAAUCAUCGCGCGGCGGGAGAGCGGCGGCCGGCCCAUCAAACCACCAAAGAAAGACCUGGAAGACGGAGAGGUCCCCCAGCACGCAGGGAAGAAGGGCAAACUCUCUGAGCACCUCAAGUACUGUGACAGCAUCCUCAAGGAGAUGCUCUCCAAGAAACACGCAGCCUAUGCGUGGCCCUUUUACAAGCCCGUUGAUGCAGAGGCCUUGGAAUUACAUGACUAUCAUGAUAUUAUCAAACACCCCAUGGAUCUCAGUACUGUGAAAAAGAAAAUGGACAGUCGGGAAUACCAGGAUGCACAAGGUUUCGCAGCAGAUAUUCGGUUAAUGUUCUCUAAUUGUUACAAGUACAAUCCUCCAGACCACGAAGUGGUAGCCAUGGCCAGGAAGCUCCAGGAUGUCUUUGAGAUGAGGUUUGCAAAAAUGCCUGACGAGCCUGCAGAGGCCCCCCCUCCACCUCCACCAACAGCACCAGUGGUGAGCAAAAGCACAGAGAGCAGUCACAGCAGCGAGGAGAGCUCCUCUGACUCCGACAGCUCCGACUCGGAGGAAGAGCGAGCGACUCGGCUGGCGGAGCUCCAGGAGCAGCUGAAGGCUGUCCACGAGCAGUUGGCUGCACUGUCACAAGCGCCAGUGAACAAACCAAAGAAAAAAAAAGAGAAGAAGGAAAAAGAGAAGAAAAAGAAAGAUAAAGAGAAGGAAAAAGAAAAGCACAAAGUAAAAACCGAGGAGGAGAAGAAACCCAAGGUGGCUCAGCCACCAAAACAAACCCAACAGAAGAAAGCCCCAGCUAAGAAAGCAAACAGCACAACCACAGCAAACAGGCAGCCCAAGAAAGGAGGCAAACAGGCAUCUGCAACCUAUGACUCGGAUGAGGAGGAGGAAGGUCUGCCCAUGACCUAUGAUGAGAAACGACAGCUCAGCCUGGACAUCAACCGCCUGCCCGGGGAGAAGCUCGGCAGGGUGGUGCACAUCAUCCAGUCCCGGGAACCUUCCCUCAGAGACUCCAAUCCCGAUGAGAUAGAAAUAGAUUUUGAAACGUUGAAGCCCACAACUUUACGAGAACUGGAGAGAUACGUGAAAUCUUGUUUACAGAAAAAACAAAGGAAACCGUUUUCUGCAGGUGGAAAAAAGCAAGCAGCGAAGUCAAAAGAAGAGUUAGCUCAGGAAAAGAAGAAAGAACUAGAAAAACGGUUACAGGACGUCAGUGGGCAGCUAAACAACAACAAGAAACCUGCAAAGAAAGAGAAAUCCGGCUCCACUCCCUCUGGAGGCCCCUCCCGGCUCAGCAGCAGCAGCUCCUCCGAGUCUGGGAGCAGCAGCUCCAGCGGCUCCAGCUCGGACAGCAGCGAUUCGGAAUGAGUUACGGACACUGGGACACAAAACAAACGGACAUCCCCCUCCCCGAUGCUCUGCAGUGUUCCUUCCCCUCCUUAACGUACUGCUCUCCUCCCACGGUGGUCAGGUUUUAUCCCCUCUCUCUCUUUCUCUGACUUUUUUUAUUUUAUUUUUUAAUUCAGUGUUAUAAAAGGUAUUUUCCUUUUUUUUUUUUUUUUUUGGGGGGGGUGCUCUCUUUUAAUAGGUCAAAGAUCUUUGCGUGUGCGUGUGAAUUAGACUUUAUGACAAAUAGUUCCCUUUGCAUAAAGUCUCUAAAAUACAUUUAUCCGAAAAAAAAAUUGUUGAAAAUGGAAGAACUUUGAGCUCUUAGCAGGAGAUAAAUAGAAAAUUCUGCAAGGUUUGUAGUACAUUUCUCUCCCAUCCCUUCCCUCUCCUCAGAAUGUUCUCUUUUAAUAAGCCUGCCUGGCUCACACAAGGUAAAAAAAAAACCCAUCUUUUUUUAAAGGAAUCUCUGUAAAAUGGUACUGUAUCUGAAAGAUGUUAGCUUUUGAACUAGUUGGUGUAUUUGUUAUUAGCACUAGUAUUCUUAAUCUCGAAGUCUACGGUGUGAUGAAAAUGUCAGAUGCUAUCAUCUUUUUACAUAAAAACAAACAAAAAAAAAUCCAAAAAAAUUCUCAUGUACUGUGGAUUGCUAACAUGCUUUUUUUUUUUAAUCUUGGUAGAGGCAUUGGCACCUAUUCAGGAAGGUAUUUAAGCAUGAAUUUAACUUUUAAGCACAUGAGCAAUAUAAGUGGUUGCAUUUCUUGGUUUUCCACUCAGAAGUUUCAUUUUUUCCUGGGGAUUCAUUGGGAAGAAGGGAGCGAGGGACACUCAAGUUUCUUGGGAAUGUUAUUUUUAACAUGAAAUAGAUAAUUUCCAGGAAAUGGAUGCUCUCUAUGAAAGUUUUCAUUGAGCUGAAAACAGGUUUUGGCUGGAAGUUGUCAGCUGGACCUUGGGGUGAUCCUGCAGUGACCAAGACAAGUCAUGUGCUCGUUACUGGACACAAGCUUAGGGAUUUUCUCCAUGACAAGCACCUCAGUCUGGGCUUAAAAUAAAGCACCACUUGAGCUCCAGCUGAGGCUGAGCUGGCAGGGGAAGUGGAGAGGGAUUUUGUGUGGGUUUGGGUUUUCUGCUUGAGUUUGCUUUUCCCCCCCCCCCUUCUCCUUAUUGUUUCAGUAGUGAGCUCCCACAAAGGGAAUGCUACUUCUCUGUCGUGCAGGGUGCAGGUUUCCAGGCACUGAAGUGCUUCACCUCGCUGAAAAGAAAAAAGAGGGGAGGGAGAAAAGGAAGAAAAGAGCCAGUUUUUUAAGACUUGCUAUUUUUUUUGAGUCCAGCCUAAUGUUUUGACCUGCACUGCUGCAAUACACUCUGUUUUCAGUGUCCCUAAUUUCAUGUAUAUACCGUGACUUUAUUUAUUAAAUACCAUUGGUCAUUUAAAAUGUAAUAAAACCUAACAAAAGCAAAGCUGCAUCUCUGCAGGCCAGCAGACGUGCAGACUUUUAAUGAGGUUCCAACCAGAUCUCAAAAACAAACAAAUUAACACCAACAAAGCAAAUAAAAAUCUGCAACUUUAUUUAUAUACCUUGGGCUUCAUACCUACAGGUGCUACAGUCCCAUCUGUCAUGUGUCUGGUGCUCUGUCA